AUGUCGUCCAUUAAGUACUGCUUCGUCAUACAUUCUCUCCUCUCUGCCUCACCCUCAAAAAACAAACCAAGACCAACCAACCAACCACCUUUGUCUUCCAAACCAUCCAAAAUGAAGCCAACAACAGCCCUCGUCCUAACUCUCUCUCUCAUCGCCGGCACAGCAUUUGCCGACAAGACCUGCACACCUAGCUUCGACUACUGCGCCGAUGAAUUAAUCGACUCAAAGGGCUUCACAAAAGAUGACCUCAAAUCUUCCCUCAAGGGCUCGGAGUUCGAGGACGCAGACCCGAUGCAAAUCCUGUACCACUGCACGAACCCGGGAGCCAUUGGACAUCCGAAACUUUGUAAGGAUGGGUGUAAGGAUUCGGGGUCCGAGGGAAGUAAGAAGUGUUAG